UGACAGUUUUUAAAAAGAGAAACACUACUGUAGGUUGUUUCAAUGGAAUCAUUUUGAUGGAAUUGGGUGGAAUUUGAUUGAUGGAAAAUAUAAACAAGAGAGACUGAAGAAGAAAUCGGUGAGCCCAGAGGGAGCUGUAUAACGCCCUGUGUCGGGACCUCACUGAGGGAUCUGUGACAGCAUAUAUGUGUAGUGUUAUCCUCCUGUCUGUGGCCUGCUAUCUCUCUAUAGGUGUACUGGUGUUUCAUUCAUAACACACAAGCACAGCCCAAUAAACCUCAGUCGUAUACCCAGAGCUGGUGUGGGACUGUCGGAGCCACAGGAAGCACAAGGACAGCCCAAAACUAAAUAUUUACUUUUCUGUGUUUAAGAAAAAAUCAUUCUGAAUGUAGGGGAUAUUUCUUCUGGAUGAUACACAUUUAUAUUGAACUGGAGUUACUCUGUGUUAUAAUGGAAUUCAGGUGUCGUCUGCUACAGCUGGGAUAUAUAGACCGAAGUGUGCUUAGAAAAAAUGUUUGUGGUAAUUCUGGGGGAAUUUAGAAAAGUUUGGUGGUUGCCAAACAAGUGAAACAAAGACAAUGAAGAAAGGUGUAAGAAUUUGCCCGGAUUAUAAAUCUCGACUGGAGGAGUACCGAGAGGAUCUCUGGAAUCUGGGUCGGGCAGACAUGGAAUGUUCCAUGGAGGAUACUGGGGAGGGAGAAGAACCCCACCUCCGUAAACAUGUGAGGAGGGACAGGGGUGGGGCCAGAGGUGCCCCCGACCCCAGCGAUACGUCAGAUCCCACCUUUAUCCGCCUGUCUAUGCACUGGGAUGAGUUCUUCGGUUCGUCCCUGGACCUUGCGCCCUCGCUCCUCUCCAUCUACGACAGUAUUGCCCUAGCCAGUAAAACAUCACAAGAUGUUGGGGACAAAUCACAUGACCAAGCAACAUCUCCUUCGACCAAUCAAAAUAAGCUAUCAGAUAGUCAUUCCUCCAAUCAGGUUGUUCCACCAUUAAUCAAAUUGGACUGUGGUGAUACAAUAUGUGAUGUAAAUGGUUCCCAUGGUGACGUUGCCAGACAUAACAAUGAUCUUAACGACAGCAAAAAACGCCCACUCAGUAUUAGUUCUAUGUCUUCUUCAUCCUCGUCUUCACUUCCACGUCACACACGAAAACGACCCAACUUAUGCGAGUUUGACCCAGUGGCGUUAGGACGUGGUGACAUGGAAAAGCUUGAUCAAUUGAUGUAUAUAGACGACGAUGUACCAAAUGGAGCGGCUGAGGACGAUAUGUUGGUGGAUACAGACAGCGAAAGCUCAAAAAGAUAUGAUAAUUCUUCAGCUAUUUUUCACUCAUCUGCUAGCGUUAAGUCGUCAGCUAGCGUUCAAUCAUCAGUUAGUGCUCAGUCGUCGACUAGUGCUCUGUCGUCUGCUAGCACUGUGUCAUCUGCUAGCGCUCAGUCUAAUACUAGUCACUCUUCAGAAACCAAUGAUCACGAAAAUCACAAAAGGGGUUUAGGGGCCAAAGAAAAAGAAUCUGUAGGUUCAACUACAGGUCAUACUGACAGUUUCCAUAACAACCAAAUCAAAGAUAACACCAAUGCUUCAAGUCCACUUCAUGGAGUGCUGAAUACUUCAAACAGCACAAGUGUGACAUCUCCUGCCUCACCAGUGACUCCAGGAGUGGGUGCUUCCCCUGGGGUGGGGAUAAGCCCUGGGGUCACUCCACGAUCCUCUAACUCUUUUGUACGCCGAGACAGCACAAGUCCCUCUAAAUAUGUGACGUAUGUCCAGAGGGUGGUGGCAGAGAUUGUGGAGACAGAACGGAUUUAUGUUCGAUACCUCAAGGAGAUCAUUUAUGGGUACUUGGAAUUUCUGAAGAAUUCAACCCAGACAAAGGUGUCAGAAAAAGAGAGGAGCUGCCUGUUUGGGAACAUUCUGGAGAUUUACGAGUUCAGCAGGGGUUUUCUAGGGGAAUUGGAACUUUGUGAGGAUAACCCGCUGAAGGUCGCAGACUGCUUCGUCAGACACAAUGAGGGAUUUGCAAUCUAUGCACACUACUGCACAAACUAUCCAAGCGCGGUGGAGGUGCUGACCCGAGUCAUGUUGGACCCUGAACUGUGUGAGCUGGUCAAGAAGCAGCAGCAGAGACUCGGCCACAAUUUACCCCUCGGCUCCUACCUCCUGAAACCUGUCCAAAGAGUCCUAAAGUACCAUCUUCUACUCCACAAUAUCCUGAAGAACUAUGACAAGAAAGACCCGGGCCACAAGGUACUGACUACUGCUCUGGAUCAUAUGACAGGCAUGGCUCAACACAUCAAUGAGAUGAAACGUAAACACGAACACGCUGUCCGAGUUCAGGAGAUCCAAUCUCAACUAGAGGAGUAUGAAGGCGAAGACUUAACAAGGAUCGGAGAACUUGUCCUGGAGGGAAGUUUCCGCAUGCAUGGAGCCAAGACGUCUCGUCAUGUGUUCCUGUUUGAGAAGGGGAUUCUCAUCGCCAAGAAGAGAGAAGACAGUAUGCUCAGUAGUAAGGGCGUCAUUUUGUGUUCCAACUUGAUGCUGGUGGAGAGUCUACCAAAGGAGCCCCUGAGUUUCCAGAUAAUUCCUUUUGACAACCCCCGGGGCCAACAUACACUGCAGGCGAGGAAUCUAGACCAGAAACACAAGUGGUGUCAGGAAAUCAAACGGCAUAUCAUCGAGAGUUACAAAGACAAGAUUCCGGAGAAAGCUAAAGGUCUUGUGAUGCAGCUGGGCAAGAGCAGGGAGGAAGAGUCAGUGUCUCCAGCCGACCAUGGUGCUAAGAAGACCCAUCACCACAAUGCUCCAGAGUACCUGGAGAGACGACACAGAAUGAGGCGCAAAUCAGGCACUAUCAUCUCAGAGCUUCUGAAACCACACUAUAGGAAAGACAACAGAAGGGCUGAGUCGGUGAGUCCAAGAGUGUCCCCAAAUGUCCAAAGGAAGUAUUCGCUCCUUACUACAUCUGAAAUGAGCCUUACACCCAAUGCAAAGGGUCAAGAUGAGGCUGGCUAUAGCUCAUCAGGGGAUAUAAACAGUUCAAUAUCACGUGAUACCACAGCCAGUGAUCUAUCAACACUGACCAGUGAUGGUGACCUAAGUCUCCCUGGAGAUGACCCAUCAGACGGAAAUGCACUUGGUCGCAAUCGAAGCUUUAAAUCUGCCAUGAGAGGCUGCCCACUGCUGUCUACUUCAAUAGACAUGGAGGAGGACGUUUGUGAGAAGGAAAUUAGCAAGACAAAGGAAGAUACUGUCACAAAAAGAUCAAGGAGUUUCCGAAUAGCAACUCGUAUGAAACCAUUAAGAUCAGUGGAUUUUAGUGAUGAACGCCUUUCUGUUUCUGGUCCUAACACCCCAAUCAAGGACAAGGUUAUGAAUGAGUUUGGGACAACAAUGAAAGAAGAGCCAGGGUCUCGGAUCAACAUCAACAGUAGGCCAUGUCUAAAAAGUUACCAUUCAGACACUUACUCCAGCAUGCCUGUUCUCAGUGAGGGAACUGGUGGCUUGGAGGGACACCAUAGUUCUGGUAAACACGGUUCGGAUUUUAAGAGAUCUAGUACACACAGUUCGGACAUGGAGGGAUUCACCACACCUCGUUCUAGCGUAGAGAGAUCAUUAGCGUACACUUCAGAUAGCUUCAGUGCUCUUUUACCUCAACCGAAGAGAGUGAUUGAUAUCAAACGAUAUUUCACUGUGAACCGUGAGCAAAAUGCCCGUACCAAAGAAGGCUCGAACGAGUCUUUAAGCAAUUUAAGAAGAGAUGGAAAGUCAGUUUCUGCGUUCAAUGACACAUUUUUGAAAAAGGCCACACAUGAUUUAUUAAAUAACUCAGCUCAAUCUGGAACAAAGUCGGUUUUUCUGACUCGACCUUUGCCCUUGGCAGCGACCCUUACAUCUGAUCAGAGAAUGUGUUCAUCCAGCUGUUCAAAUGUGGGAAUAGUUGGAAAUCGUGGUUCAAGUUUCAAGGAUGAAAAUCCUUGGGUUCAGUCUAAUACAGAUGUUAGUCUCUUGGACAAUAAGCCACUGCGUCAGCGUGCCCAUUCGACCGAUGGAGAGUUGGACAGUCUGGAUUGGAUGGUGUAUGCAAAUAGAAAUGAUCUUCCGGUGACUGGAUUUUCUACUGACGAUAUACCCAAGUUGUGUAAAGGUAAUUCGUCACAUGAGAGACUAGACAAUAGCAGUACAGAGGAUGUGUUCAGUGGUUGUAGUAAUAUUUAUAGCAACCGUUACAACAAUCAGCAAUACCAGUCCUCCUGUCACUGUGAUCUUAUCAGUGCAGACAAGAAAUCUCAAGAGCCAGACCUUUCCUCAGAAGCCGUAGAUCAGAACAGAGACUUAGGUAAAUAUGGUCAUCUUCAGCAUUUCUCUCCAUACGAUCGAGACGGAGACGAUUACAAUACGCUAGGUAAACUACCACAAAUCCACAAACAUCGACCUCUAAAAAGGUCAAACUCCACACCUAGUGCCCGAGUUGGUGUCGCAAAAAACGAAAACUUGAAGGGAGCUAGAUCCUCGUCAUUCGACAUGGAUCAGGUGAUAUUUGAUCACGAGAAAAUUGUGGCAGAAAUGGAGGAAUAUUUGAAGAAAUCUGACUCCACUUUAUCUCUCGAGGCACAAAAGUUCCCAACAAAUAUCAACCAGAUGUCACCAGACAAUGAAGUAACCAACCAUCUCUCACACCGAGAUUCUUGUGCAUCCAAUAUAUCGUCUUCUUCUUAUGAAAGUCAAGAAAGUGACGAAAAUAUUCAUAAUGAUAGUAUUGUAGACACUUUGAAAAACAAAAUUCACGAUUUCGCCAGCAAAAUUACACACAGACGUUCAGGGUCGUAUGAUAAUAAACUGUGUGAAACCUAUGAUCAGGAUAACGAUCUGGCCUCUGAGAAACACAGUCCUCUGUCGGUCAACUCCUGGUUCACAUCCUCCAGAUCACAGGAGCCAGAUCUUGCGUCUGUGUUACAGUCAGGAGAGCUGGGCGGUGCUGUGAUCGGUCAGCGUAUGGCCGAGUGCGACAUCCCACAGAAUCCAGAUUACAACUUUUCUGAACCAACUCUUUCGUUGAAACAGAGCUCGAGCAAGGAAAAGUUGCAGCCAGACUGCAGUUUUAAUGAUGAUAAUUUUCUUGAUGCUGACAAAAUGACUUCUGAAAUGUCCAAGGAUAACGCUACAAUCUUAAACCUACAAAAUCUCAACAUUCAACAGUGUGAUUCAGCAUUUUCUAUUGGUGACAGUUGUAACACUGAGAAUUCUCCUCGCAGUGCUGAGGAAGGCACAAAACUGAGACGGAACUCGGAUUCUGAUUCUUCUGGUGAUAGUUUCUAUGAACGCCGACUAUCAAUAGCUUUCGAUGAAGGCGACGCGUUUCGAGAUUCUGCUGUGUACUGUGAAAUGGACGUAGACCCUGUGGACCACGCCGACAAGCAGUCAACUGUCUCAUCAAUGUCUCCUCUCUCACUUGUCUCGAAACCCAUGGCUGAGCUUCCAAUCAAAGCGUAUGUGCAGAGGUUAGAGGAAAAAGUUCAGCCAAAGCUAGAAGUGAAUUCGAUUUUAGAGGCGAAUACGCAACAGCCUCUUAGCAUUUCGGUAGGGAAUAAAGCUGCUGCUGGGAUAGGGAAAGCCCCUCGGGAGCCAGGGGUCGUAGUCAGACAGAGAAUGGAGAGCUUGCAACAGGAUGUGAUAUACCGCAGUUCCAGACCCUCCAGUGAAGAGCGCGAUGUUCGUGUCUACAGCAAAUCAACCGGUGAUGAACGAGAGCUAUCUCCCUUUGCCGGGAGAUUUAGAUUGAAGCGGGCAUCUACUCCCUGUCGAGGGGAGGACGACUACUUCCUUAGAGAAAGUUCGGACCCCGCUCAUGUGUUCAGGAGUCGCUCAAGCACGCCAGGUAGCGGCGUUCUCAAACCCUCCCGGUCCUUAGGCCGUCUGGACCAGUUAAGCUCAGAUCCCGAGAACCUAGUCAUCAUGAAAGGCUGGGUCCGCCAACUCAUACAAAAGUUUCAAUCCACAAAGUCUUGACCAAUUCUUUUCAACAUUUUCAUAUCUAACCAGUGAAAAUAUACAUGACCAGUAGUCCUGACCAAUCAAUCACCUUUUAUUGCUCCAGAUAAUAGUUGUUAUACAUAAUUUACUUGUGACAUGCAAGUAAGUCCAGUUAUCAGGUCCUAAUUUUAGAACCUAGUUAAUGUCGUUUAUAUCUACUGUAUAUUGACCUAUACGUACCACCGUAGUUCUAUAUUUUUCACUCCAAUAAGUGCCAUGAAAUAUUUUAUAAAUGUACAAAGUAACUUUAUAUUUUUGCUGCUACUUCUUCAUGAAACCAUAAAUACCUUAGCUUGUGUGUCAAAUAUAAAAGAUUCAUUUGCACAUCCAGUGCCCAAAAGAUGUCUAUGCAAGUAUCUGUUACCACACAGAAGCCAGUUUAUAAACGUGUAAGGUUUACUUUAGUGUGCUCGUCUGUGAUACACCUUUUGUCAUGGUCUAUUCAAAUAUCUAAGUAUUUGUAGAUCUUUUGGAAACAGAUUGAGUUGAAAUGCUGUGAUAAAGUUACGAACAUAAGCUAUUUUAUCCUGUUAAUUUACAUGUACGUCACACACGGAUCUGAGAGAACUUGAAGACCUUCUUGGGGAUACAAGUUAAUCUGCAAAGUCAAAAAUGUAAUGAGAUUUAAUAGGAUAUUAGUGGAGGCAGGCAUUGCUGUCUGUAUAUCCACAUCAAUAUACCAUAAACUUCACUGUGGUAAACAUGUGUGAUGUUCAUGUAGAUGUGUCAUCGUAUUUCCACUAAAAAUCUUUCUCAGAAUUAAAUACUGUACGUGAUGAAAUAACGUGGAGACUAUUUAAGACAUCAAUUGUUCUCUAAGUAAGAUAAUGUUUUGUAAGAUUUAAAUGGCAAUGUUGUUGUAACAGAAAUGUUGUUGUAACAGAAAUUUAUGGUUUUUGUGUCGAUACUUUUUUACUAAAAUUGUUGAUAGCAUUGCAGAUUGUCAGUUCCUUAUUUAUUAUUUUUCGUUAAAAUUUCACAUGAACAAUUUUACCCAAUAUACAUUUUAGUGAUAUAGGUUUGCUGUCACAAAAUCCUCCAAUAAAUGUAAACAAUUAAAUGAAAAUAUAUGACAUUUGAACUUAAACAUGAUUUCCUGAUUGUCAUUUAAAACUGAUAAAAAAUUUACCAGAGUACCAUUAAAAUUCUUUUCAAUA